GGAGAUGCUCCGCCGCAUGGAGGCACAUAGCAGGGACGUGCAGCAGCAUCCCGUGGUCGACGCCGGCCUUCCUGGAACAGCACGUCGCUCCGUCACUACGCAGGUUGCCGGCAAGUCGUCCGGUGCCCCACCUGCCGCGCCUCCGGUGGCCGCCCCACCGCCUGCGGACCCCAAGUCCGCUUUUCUUCGCGCCCAUUUAGGCGCACGCAAAGCGGCUGCUCCGUCAGUGACCCAGCCGGAACUCGGCAAAAGCGCGACGCCGACGUCGGUAAACGCGACCGCACCCACACCAGGUGCAUCUGUGGUCGAUGUGGCGGCGGAGAAGGGAGUGAGUGCAGCGCUCGCCACCGGCGGCCGCGCAGACAAGCAUGCCGACCUCGCUGUCGUCAUGGCCCAUUUUGAGGCAGCAAAGCGCCCCGAGCACGCCCCUGUUAUGGCCAUCAUGGACACGGCGCAUGUGGUGCCGUCGGCGACCCACGGAGGGGGUUCGGCGGAGCAGACGGCCGCAACGGCUGCUGUCGCCGAGAGAAAUGUUGGACGGAAGGAAAAGGACGACAACGGGAAAGGGAAGGCGGUCUCUCAGAGGAGCACGCGGGCGAUGUCUGCGGGGAAGUUGAUGUCGGAAGAGAAAGGGAAGAAGGCGGAAGGGGAGCAGGACAAGACGGGCGGCAAGGGUAAGCUGGCGAAGAAGAAGGAGAAGGCGGAGGAGGAGGACGAGGAGGGCGGCGAGGGAGAUAAAGAGCAUGGACGCAGGGGUCAUGGCAUCCGCCGAGACAAGGCUGGCGAUGGGCAAGGGUGGGUGGGCGAGAUUAAGGUAAACGGACAGAAUCGGUACAUCGGCAAGUCGAGGGAGAAGAUGGAGCUGGCCUACGAACACGCGAUUGCGUUCGUCGUCUACGACGGCUACGUGAGCAAGGUGCUCAUGAAGGAGCUCACCGUCUUGAAGCCGGGGGAGUUGGAUAAAUGGAAGGUGGUGUGGGCGGAGGUCAAGUUCUUGCCGACUGGGAUGUGGACGGUGAUGUGGGCAAGAGGCUUGUGCCAUCCGAGAGCACGGUUCGACGACAUACUCGGCAGGUACCGUGGGUACGCGAGUUCGGGUGAUGCGCUUCAUGACGUGCUCUGGCCGGCGAUCUGGUUCCCCAUCAUCGAGGACACGGAGGAAGGCAAGGAAGAGACGGACGCUCUCAUGUCGGCGAUGGUAAAUCGCGUGUCGAUGUGCGCGGCGUAUGGGAAGGUCGCGGCGAGCGCGGCGUUUGGGAAGGUCGAUGCGAGCGUGGAGGGGAAGGCGGACGAGAAGACGGAGAUGGGGGCCCAGGCGUUAGCGGCAUCGGCAUGCGCCAUCUGGUGCUUCUUGGAGACGGGGGCGUCGGUGCUCGGUGCUGUGGGCGAAGGGAAGGUGGCGGCGAUGGUGGCAGGUGCGGGGGAGGCGAGGGCUGAGGACUUCAAGUAG